AUAGCUUCAAAUGUCACAAAAUCAAACCGGAUCUCAGCCCACCUAUCAUUCCUUCUAACCACGCCAUUGUGCCCUGCCGAAGCUCCAAUUUGAUUGCUGCACCUUGUGCACUUGACUCUAAGCUUCUGCACCAUUGCAAUCUUUAAUUAGGCCUGCCAGACCUUCCAGAUGCUUCGCCAAUACUGUCGCAGUAGAGCGUUGGCUGCGUUGCGUCCGCGCACACCCCAAUCGCAACCCCUCAGCCGAAGUCUCUCUCUUCUUCCAAACUCAAUAUGUAGCCAAACGAGUUCCCCGGGCCGUCAGGCUCGUCACCUGUCAACGACGAAACCUCAGCGGGCGCAAGACGAGUCAAAACAUACACAGCUGUCAGAAGAGUUCAAGGAGUGCUUCGCACUCCCCCAGAUGUCCUCGCCCGAGGCAUGGAGUAAACCGGGCUCCUCGAUCAUCGUGAGCGGACACAUCGGCCGAACGAGAAAGGUCGGCAAGAACCUGGCAUUCGCCCACCUGGAGCGCAACGGAAAACGAAUUGGUCAAAUCUGCGCCAAGGGCGACAAUGCGGCUACACUAGCAAAGAUUCGCCCCUUCAGCGCCGUUUUGGCAAAGGGCGUAACGACAGACGCAUCGGGCGCGACACGAUUCGAGAUUGACAUGGAUUCGAUACAAUACCUCAACCCGUUCCCUAAGGACAUCAUUGUCGGCCCGGACACCGUGUUUCCGCCAGAGCAACGCCAUCUCCAGUUGCGAUUCCACAAGGAGUUGAAGGAGAGGCUGCGCUUCCGUGCGCAUCUCAAGUCGUCCAUGGGGCAGGCGAUGGUGGACAGGGAGUUCAUGGACGUCGAGACGCCCAUCCUCUUCAAGUCUACUUCGGAAGGCGCAAGAGAGUUCAUUGUGCCGACGAGGCGACCAAGAUACGCCUAUGCGCUACCUCAAAGCCCGCAGCAGUACAAGCAGGUCCUUAUGGCUUCUGGCAUGGGGGGUUACUACCAGUUUGCGCGGUGCUUCCGUGAUGAAGAUCAUCGUGCAGACCGUCAACCCGAAUUUACACAGCUGGAUAUGGAAAAAUCCUUUGCUACGGGCAAGACCAUCAUGGAGGACGUAGAAUAUGUCGUCGGCCGUGCGUGGGAUGCUGUGAGAGAGCAGUACGUCAUGGAAGUGGGAGAAGACUCAUUCGCGCCGGUUAGAAAAGCGUCACUCGAGGACUGGCAACAAAGUGUGCAGGACAGCACGAAAGACGACGCCAAAGCACCUUUCUACCAAGAAUACCCUGCCAUCUCUAAGGCGUUCCUCAGAAUGAAGUACACCGACUGUAUGGAUCUGUACGGAUCCGACAAGCCGGAUCUGCGCAUUCCCAACAGGAUAUGUCGCGUUGACGAAAGCCUCAACAAGGACUUUGUCAGCAUGAUCACCGAUCUCGACGCACCCAUCGUCGAAAUCUGGAAGAUCAGCCCACACGAAGACGCCGACAGGCGGGACGUGUGGAAGUUUGUGACGGAGUUCAUGGAGAACCUUCCCAAAAGCCUCUCACAAAAUCCGGACGGCGCCCCCACAGCCCUGAUGUUCGACAGCAGCAAGCCGCUCAACGGCUUCUCCGCCCUCGGACCCGAAGGCCUAGACAGCAUCCUGGGCUCUCUCCCCGAAGAAGCCGGCUUUUCGUCGCUCGAAAACGGAGACAUUGUCCUGUUCCAGGCGCGCAAAAACCAACCCCAGCAAGGAGGCUCAACAAAACUCGGCGAGGCGAGAAUCGCCCUGUACCACGCCGCCGUGGAAGCCGGCCUCCUAGACAGGGACGACAGCUUCAAGUUCCUCUGGGUGACCGACUUCCCCAUGUUCACCCCGGAAGAAGAAGGCGACGUCGGCCAGGGCGGCGCCUCGGGCUUCUCGGCCACCCACCACCCCUUCACGUCCCCACACUCCGAGGAGGACUUUGAGCUGCUCUUCAAGGACCCGCUCCGGGCCAAGGCCGACCACUACGACCUUGUGCUCAACGGCGUGGAGCUCGGCGGAGGCAGCCGGCGUAUCCACAUUGCCGAGAUCCAGGAGUUCAUCUUCCGCGACAUCCUCAAGAUGAGCCAGGACAAGAUUAAAGAGUUUUCGCACCUGCUCAAGGCGCUGAGGGCGGGGUGUCCGCCGCACGCGGGCUUCGCCAUCGGGUUUGACCGGUUCGUGGCCGUGUUGAGCGGCUCGUCUUCCGUUAGGGACGUGAUUGCGUUCCCGAAGAAUAACAAUGGCGUGGACGAGUUUGCUGGCGGGCCGGGCAAGAUGACGAAGGAGCAAUUGCUGACGUAUAACCUGCAGUUCCGCAAGAAGGAAUGAGUAGGUUGAGGUGCUGUCACUCCCCUCCCUUUAUGCGACUGUAUCAUGUUCACUGUCAUACACUGUAUUAUCUUGUAAAAUUACCUUACUGUAACAAUACCAACGGCCUUGGGCGCCAAAUGUGGAGAGGUGCAUUAGAGUACAACUUAGCACCAG